UUCACUUUGGUAAAACAAUUUAAAAAAAAAUCUAAUUUUGCUUAGAGAGAGAUAAAGAGAUGAGAAAAUUCUUACUUGAAGAUGGAGAAGGUUCAAGCUAUCCAAGGCCGAAAAGACAAAGACCCUCUUCUCCCUCCUCUCCUCCUCCUCCUGAAUUUCCUAUGGAAGAAAUUGCUCGUGAGGAAGAAGAUUCUGAUGAAGAAGAAGAUGAUGAUGAAGACACAAGUGAUGAAAGUGAAGAAGAAGAUGAGGAGGAGGUGGAAGAAAUAGUGAGACCACUACCACGACCACCACUACAACAAAAUAAUCAGAUGGAAACUGUGGGACUACAACUACUACAACCCAGAUUAUAUGAGAGCCCAAUCUUUCUAGAACCUACCCUUGUGAGGCCCAGCAGAAAUGGAGCUAUUUUUGUAGCUUUAUCAGACCCAGAAGUUCUUGAUUGUCCCACCUGCUGUGAAACCUUGACCAUUCCUGUUUUUCAGUGUCAGAAUGGACAUGUAGCUUGUUCUUCUUGCAGCAAAAAACUCCAACAUAAGUGUCCUUCUUGCGCUAUGCCCAUUGGUGAUAACCGUUGUUGUGCCAUUGAGAAGGUUCUUGAAUCACUGAAGGUACAAUGCUCCAAUUGGAGGUAUGGAUGCAGAGAAAACAUUUGUUUCAGUAAGAAAUACGAACAUGACAAGUGGUGUAGCCAUGCGCUGUGCACAUGCCCCCUGUUGGGUUGCAACUUCCAGGGCUCAUCUAAGCAAUUGUACCUACACUGUAGACGUAAACAUUUAGGCAAGUUGACAAGUUUCCAAUUCAAUACCAGCUUCCCUCUUUUCAUUACUGUCAAUGACAAAUUCUGUAUUCUUCAAGAAGAUAAAGAAGGUGUUUUAUUCAUUCUGAAUAAUAGAUGGGAUACUCUUGGACAUGUGAUCACUGUUAGUUGUAUGGGGCUUUCUUCAUCGAAGCCAGGGUACUUUUACAAACUUAUGACAAGAGCAGAGGGAAGCAAUAUCAGAUUCCAGUCUUCCACAAGAAAUGUCCAGACCAGAGUUGAUGACCCUCCAUCGCUGGGGUGCCUUCUAGUACCAAAUGAUUUCCUUGGUGCUUAUGGGCAGAUAACCUUGGACGUCUGCAUCUGGCAUCUUGGCUCAUAUCCUGCCAUUAGCUCUGUAAGAGCAUGACCUCGGAUUAAAGAUUGCAGCAUCAACGUUUCCUGGUUAACUCAGAUGCCCUCUCAGCAGUUCCUGGGAUCGACUGGCUGCCGCACACUAGGCAGGCUGCUGUUCUGACAUAGCAUGGUCAUAUACAUGAACAACAAUUUGAGUUGGUGGCUCUCCUAUGUCAAUUUUCAUUAACUUGAAGAGAUGGUACAUCAAUACUCUUGGAGAUCAAGUACACUACCCUCGCUGGUUAAGGCUUGAAAUAAGGGGUAGCUACAAUUUCUCCAAUCAUAAACGUAUACAGUACAAUACAAAUAGUGUAAUGUAAGCUUGUACAAAAACGACCUUAUUGUUACAGCAUGAUCAGGGGAAAGAAAUUAUGGCUGUCCUGUGAUGUUGCUGCUAGAAUACAUUUAAUGAACUCGAAACAAGGGCCACUGAGAUAAUUGGUCUUGAAGUAGAUCAAA